AUGCCGGGGAAAGCUAACGGUGUCGGCGUCCAGGUCGAGGACACCAAAAUAUGUGUCGUCAUGGUGGGCCUGCCUGCCAGAGGCAAAAGCUAUAUUGCACAGAUUGCCCAGCGCUACCUGCAGUGGCUGUCCAUUCCGGCCCAGACCUUCAACGUCGGCAACUACCGGCGCAACGACGCGCCGCAUCCCACUGCCGACUUUUUUGACUUCGCCAAUGCCGAGGGUGAGCGCAAGCGCCGCGCUGCCGCCGAGGCCGCCGUUGCCGACAUGCUGCGCUGGUUCCGCUCCGGCGGCGUCGUCGGUAUCCUCGACGCCACCAAUUCCACAAAGGACCGUCGCCAAUGGGUUCACCAGAUCUGCGAGGCCAACGGUAUCGAGGUUCUCUUUGUUGAGAGCCUCUGCGACCAGGAGGAGGUUAUCAUGGCCAACAUCCUCGACGUCAAGACCUCCAGCCCCGACUACAAGGACCAGGACCCCGAGGAGGCGGCCAACGACUUUCGCCGCCGCAUCAGCCAGUACGAAAAGGUGUACAAGACGAUUGACGGCGACGGCGACGAGAGCAACUAUACAUAUCUCAAGAUCAUGAAUAUUGGCAAGCAAGUCAUCAUCAACCGCAUUCAGGACUACUUGCAGAGUCGCAUUGUAUACUACCUCAUGAACUUGCACAUCCGGCCCCGGUCUGUCUGGCUGUCCAGACACGGUGAAUCACUGUAUAAUCUGGACGGUCGAAUCGGUGGCGACACCAUGCUCUCCCCCCGAGGCGAGCUGUAUGCGAAGAAGUUACCCGAGCUUGUGCGCGAGUCCGUAGGCGAUGACCGCCCCCUGACGGUCUGGACUUCAACCCUGAAGCGCACCAUUUCCACGGCGCGCUGGCUUCCCGUGCACUACAACCAGAUGCAGUGGAAGGCGCUCGACGAGCUCGACUCGGGCGUCUGCGACGGGCUCACGUACCAGGAGAUUAAGGACAGCUAUCCUGAGGACUUUGUCGCCCGCGAUGAUGACAAGUACAACUACCGCUACCCGGCCGGCGAGUCGUACCGCGACGUGGUCAUCCGGCUCGAGCCCAUCAUCAUGGAGCUCGAGCGCAGCGAGGAUAUUCUCAUCGUCACCCACCAGGCCGUCCUGCGCUGUAUCUACGCCUACUUCAUGAAGAAGGACCAGGCUAAGAGCCCCUGGAUGAAUGUACCCCUACACACUCUCAUCAAGCUAACGCCCCGCGCCUACGGCACCGAGGAGAUUCGCUACGAGGCCAACAUUCCGGCCGUCAGCACUUGGCGCGGCAAGGGAAGCACGGCCAAGCACGAGGCCCCCACGGGCGAUACGAUCUGUUCUCACGAUAUCCCAGAGGUGAACAAGGUUCCCACCAACCAUCUGGUGCGAUCUCUUCACCGUUCUUUUGGCUAUCUCUAUCUACACGGCGGCACCACCAUGGCCUACAUUUUCCAACAACCCAUCUUUGCCGCCCAGCCGGCCUACUUUGUCCAGCCGCAGCCGCGCAUCCUCUACACCACCGGCGCGCUCGUCGCGCCGCUACCGGCCACGACGUUUUACCAGCCGCAGCCGCUCAUCCUCGCGGCGCCGGCCGCAGUGGCGGCGCCCGUCGGCGGCGGAGGGAGGGUUCUGGGAGAGGUCACGGAUGCUACUACGCCGCCGGCAGCACCACCACCAGCAGCGCUGCUGCCGCCAUCCCAGCCGGCAGCACCACCAUCCCAGCCGGCAGCGCUGCUGCCGGCAGCACCACCGCGCCAGCCCGUCUCCAUGCGCGUUGUGCUCGUCGCACCCGGCACCGCGUCCGUCGUGGACGACGUCCACUACGCCAACGCCCCCCCGGAAACCAUGGCGCGCGUCUGCGCAGACGUCGGCCACGUGCUCUCGCAGCACGGCUUCCUCGAACACGCCGCCCACGUGCAAGCCCAUGGGCUGUUGCGCGUGGUGACGGUUGGUGGUCAGGCGCCGCCGGGGGUGCGGCUUGGCGAGGAUGGGAGAGUCGUGCUGCUUAACAGGGUGGUGUGGGAGUGCAGGGCCAACGAGGCGGGCAACGACGCCGCGCUGGCGACGAGGGUCGCCGAGGCCGCCCGCAUGGGCGACUGGUUGGUGUUUCAGCUCUGUUUGCCGCCGGAGCAGCCGCAGCCGCCAGCGGCGUCUGGGGAGGAGGGCAGUGCGUGA